ACACCUGUCACCACAAACUCUGCCACAAUGGAAGCGGACACAACCUUAGACCACAGCCCUGUACCAUUAACUACUCCAGAAAAUAAUUCAACCACACCUGUCACCACAAACUCUACCACUAUGGAAGCGGACACAACCUUAGACCACAGUCCUGUACCAUUAACUACUCCAGAAAAUAAUUCAACCACACCUGUCACCACAAACUUUACCACUAUGGAAGCGGACACGACCUUAGACCACAGCCCUGUACCUUCAACUACACCUGUAAAUAAUUUAACCACACCUGUCACCACCAACUUUACCACUAUGGAAGCGGACACAACCUUAGACCACAGCCCUGUACCUUCAACUACUCCAGUAACGGACACAACCUUACACCAUAGCCCUGUACCUUCAACCACUCCAGUAAAUAAUUUAACCACACCUGUCACAAUAAAUGAAACCACUAUGGAAACAACAGCACCCAGCACUUCCGGUUCCACCACUCCAACAGGAGGCCCAACAGCAGCCAACAUCUCCAGUUCCACCCCUUCAACAGCGCCCAACUCAUCUGCUUCCACCCCUGCAACAGGUAGCCCAACAGCAGCCAACAUCUCCAGUUCCACCCCAACAGUCCCUAGAACUUCAGGUUCUACCCCUCCAACAGUGCCCAGCCCAUCUGCUUCCACCCACCCAACAGUGCCCAGCUCCUCUGCAUCCACCCACCCAACAGUGCCCAGCUCCUCUGCAUCCACCCACCCAACAGUGCCCAGCUCCUCUGCAUCCACCCAUCUAACAGCACCCAGCCCAUCUGCUUCCACCCACCCAACAGUGCCCAGCCCAUCUGCUUCCACCCACCCAACAGUGCCCAGUCCGUCUGCAUCCACCCACCCAACAGUGCCCAGCUCCUCUGUUUCCACCCACCCAACAGUGCCCAGCUCGUCUGCAUCCACCCACCCAACAGUGCCCAGUCCGUCUGCAUCCACCCACCCAACAGUGCCCAGCUCCUCUGUUUCCACCCACCCAACAGUGCCCAGUCCGUCUGCAUCCACCCACUCAACAGUGCCCAGCUCCUCUGCAUCCACCCACCCAACAGUGCCCAGCUCGUCUGCAUCCACCCACCCAACAGUGCCCAGUCCGUCUGCAUCCACCCACCCAACAGUGCCCAGUCCGUCUGCAUCCACCCACCCAACAGUGCCCAGCUCGUCUGCAUCCACCCACCCAACAGUGCCCAGUCCGUCUGCUUCCACCCACCCAACAGUGCCUAUCUCCUCUGCUUCCACCCACCCAACAGUGCCUAUCUCCUCUGCUUCCACCCACCCAACAGCACCCAGCCCCUCUGCUUCCACCCACCCAACAGUGCCCAGCUCCUCUGUUUCCACCCACCCAACAGUGCCUAUCUCCUCUGCUUCCACCCCAACAGAAUCCACACUUACCACUGUCAGACCUGCAGGUUUCUGUUUCUCAAACCCCUGUCCUUUUGACAGCAUCUGUGAGGAACUCUUCAUGUCUUUCCGAUGCUUGUGCCUCCCGGGAUCUUUCUACUCCAGCACUGAGAGGUCGUGUGUCCAAGCACGAGUCUUUCCAGGACGGCUACGUCUCACUUCUUUACAAUUUCAAGAUGAAAUGGCUAACACGUCCUCCCCAAUUUUUCUGAGAACUUCACAAAACAUCUCAAGAACGUUGGAAGAAUCACUGAGAGGGCAGCCAGGUUACGUCCGCUCCACAGUUCUGCAGCUCAGCCGAGGGAGUGUGGUGGCCACUGUGGACAACGUGUUCUCCCUGGCCUCGAACGCCACCCAGGCAACAGCGAACGCGGCCAUAAUGGAGGCUAUCCAAGGGUGCGGAGAAAACUGUAUCCUGAAAGGGGCUGAGUUCAACGGGACAGAUCUGUGCAGCCAGGUUCCUGGGCCUUGCGACACCAUGACAACGAGCUGCAACUUAAGUGGAGGCAUUCCGGCGUGCACCUGCAAGCCUGGCCACCUCAAAACACUCUACUCCAACAAAAGCUGCACAGCGUGCCCCAGCGGCAGCAAGGCUGAGGAUGGGAAGUGCGUCGCAUGCCCGUUUGGUUAUGCAGGGUUUAACUGCAAUGAUUCGUCUCUGUUGGCGGUGGUGGUGAUCUCUUGUGUCCUCGGUGGAGUCCUGCUCAUUCUAUUGCUGGCCUUCAUCAUCUCCUGCUGCUGCCGGAAGAAGAAAGAUCCCACCUACAGCAGCCCCUACCCUGCAGAAGACGCUGGUCCAACUAGCAGUUGGUCCAACAGGCAGAUCAUUCCCAUCCCCCGAGCCAGUCUGCACUGGGACUCCUCCCAGAUGGAGCUGACCGAGAACAGGAACGCAGGCAGGAAGAGCCACGGCAACGGCUCGACGGGGUCUUACGACGUCUCUAAGGUGAACCUGAGUACUUUCAAGGACGAAAACCCGGCCAGGUACUCCUACCUGGCCCAAGGUCACGAGAACCCCUACUUCCUGGCGGAGGACGAGAGGAAGGGGAAAUGAGCUUCCGGUUUCCAGGACGGAGUUCAUUCCUGUCCCUUUUGGGGUGGUUGGGGGGAGGGGGGGGUGAGCUUACGGCCUGAAUGAACUGUGGCGUCUCUCACGGAUGUCCAGCUCCUGCACACCGCAGGAGCUUUCUAAUCUCCACCUCUAAUGACACAACCAAAGAAAAAUGGGUUGCGUGCAUUGCGUGUGAAAAAAAAGGAAACUAUUUAUACGACUGAAUGUGCUGAACAAUUAUAGCUGUGGGAUCAAGGAUGCAAUGUGCAUUAUUUCCAGCAGAUGUCUCUGGUCUCAGUGGUUUCGGACCUUAUCUGUCUUUACCGUGGUCAUUCCUCAUUUUGCCUACUUUUUUCUUUUUUUGUGGUUGAGGAGGGUGUGGGGGUUGUUAUGAUUGCACAAGGUGAUGUGUCAAGCUAUACCAUAGAGCCUCCCCUUUUUCAUUGAUAAAUGUAGUAUUUAAAAGCAAGCCUAUUUAGCAAUGACAUUCAGCCUUGUGCGACGUGUGCCACAAACUGGUUUCUAAUCGACGUUUCCUGAUGACUGUGUAACUGGUGUUUCACGCGUUUGGAUAACAUUUGCUCUCUGAUGUCUGAAUGUGUGCUUCACAGUGUCGCAAAAUGAAACAGGCUGAAGAGAUGAAGGGCUGGAACCCUGACUUCAUUUUUGUAUAAAAAGGAGGAUUUAAAAAAAUCUAAAUACAGAAGCCAAUUACAGCUCAUGGGUUGAUUUAGCCUUUUGUUAUUAAAGCUGCUUGAACAUUCACCCCGUGCCUCUACCUGCAGCUAAUACUGAAUGCAAAUAUAUUAAAGAAUAGGAAUGUCGCGCUAAAAGCUUUCGAACAAUCUCCUGACCUCGAUGUGCCAAUAUUCUAUAUUUAUAAAUUGCAGCAAAGUGAAUGUAUGUAAAUGUUGUAUUACGUGUAUAUAAAUACUGAACUGAUUUCUAAGUGUAUAUAUGACUUUUGUAAGUGAGGAUGGCUUAUUUUUUUGCACAGAAUAAUACCAAGAGAAUCAUGGAAAUAAAGGAAUUUAGCACAGA